AUGGAGUCCAUGAUGAGUCAAUUAAUUGUUAGGGAUCAAACCACCCAAAAGAAGCUUAGCGAACAUGACCUUAUGCUUAAGAAUCACCAAGCUGCUUUCCAAGACCUUCAAAAGGUUGUAGGUGAUAUGUCUAGGAGGUUAGAGGAGAGAUUACCCGGUCAGUUUGCGGGUAACACCCAACCUAACCCGAAUGCUCAUGGAAAGGCCAUUACCACCCGUAGUGGCAAAACCGUAGGGGACCCGAGCGUAGAGGAGAGAGUAGUCGAUGAGGAUGGAGAUAUUGUAGACAAAGAGAUAGAGAUGGAGGCUCCCGGCAGAGUGCAAUCGAGGCUGCGCCCAGCAAGUACCGCACGGACCGGUGAGUCUCAAGGUGAGAAGAGAGUAGAGAAACCUCCCGUGGAUGUUAGGCCUUCGCCUUUAGUGAACCAUGCGUAUGUCCCGUUCCCUUCCCGUCUUAAGAAUAAAAAAUACUCGAGGGAAUACGGGCAAUUCUUAGACAUCUUCAAGCAAUUGAAGAUUAAUCUUCCUUUUAUCGAGGCACUCCAGUCCAUGCCUAAAUAUGCGAAAUUCCUAAAGGACCUUCUUAGGAAUAAGGAGAAGUUAGGGGAGUUGUCGAAUGUCCCAUUGCAUGGAGGAUGUUCGGCCGUUGUCUCAAAUCAGCUUCCUGAAAAGCUUACCGAUCCCGGUGUUUUCACAAUUCCUUGUCUAUUCGGUAGUAACACUAAUACUAGAGCUUUAGCCGACCUAGGUGCUAGCAUCAAUUUGAUGCCCUUUUCUCUCUACGAAAAGCUAGACUUAGGCGAGCUUUCACCUACCCGAAUGACAUUAUCCUUAGCUGAUAGAUCCGUGAAACACCCUAGGGGCAUAGUCGAGAAUUUGCUUGUUAAGGUGGACAAGUUCAUUUUUCCGGCUGAGUUCGUCAUUCUCGACAUGGAAGCCAAUGAAAACGUACCGUUAAUCUUAGGACGCCCGUGCUUGAACACCGCUAAAGCUCUCAUAGAUGUCUUUUUAGGCCCCAUCACACUUAGAGCGGGCGAGGAAUCGGUAAUUUUUAAGGUUAUGAAUUCGAGAGGGCCUAGUGAUAGAGUGGAGGCGGUAUCGUCAGUAAGGGAGUGUGAGAAGGACGAGAAAGAUGAGGAGAAGGUGAUGAUGAUCCGAGUCUAG